GCCAUCAUCAAGAUUUUUGGUGGUCGCGGUGAGUUGUUUUUUUACGGUUCCUCUGUGGGCUCAAUUAUGAACUUGCAGUGUGUAUGAGGCGAGGGCUUAUUCGUGUCGCUCGACUCUCUCGAUCCAUUCACAACUCGAGACUCGACCGACUCGUCACUCCCCUUCGCCAACCACAUGAACCAAAUGCUGUUCGCAGCCAAUACCUCCCACUGGUCGAGGAGCUCCGAAAGAAUCCUACAUCGGAGCCGGUACUCACCAAAGCCCAACUCAUGACAAUUGUCGAUAUGCUCGCCACCUCGGGGCGUCCAGCGGACCUGGAAUGCAUUCGCUUAAUGUGUUCGCACUUGCCAACGUAUUUUGGUGUCCCAGUUACCCCAGAACUUCAUAUCGUUGUUAUAUCAUCCCUCCUGCGUCAAGGGUAUGUUCCUUUGGCCCACGACUGGAUACAGCAAAUUCCCCACCUCCCUCCCCAAGACCCUCCCACCCUCGAGCAUUACCACGCAUUCCUACGAAGUUGCCCCACCCACGUACAACCCUCUAUGCUCACGGAUGUCGUAGCCCAUCGCAUGCGCAAAGCCGGUGUCCGUCCCACCAACGAAACAUUUUCAAUCCUCAUUCGCUGUCUCAUCCACAACGCCCAAGCUACCAAACACUCCCUUCAACCCGAGUUCUUCCACAGCUUGAUCACGGAUAUGAAGCUGACCCGCAUCUCCUUCGAUCCCUCCAUUAUUUCUGCCAUCACCAACUACUUCACCGAGCAGGGCUUCCCGGACAAUGCAGAGGAGCUACGAGCUACCUAUAACUCCCACUUUCCACCGGUGGCUCUCACACAAGAAGAAGAGCAAGUUGCUGCGCUGAAGAAACGGCUCUCAGUCAUGCCAGGCUUCAAUCGCGCUCUUCGGACUUUCACACGCCUGGUUUACAAAGGUCUGGCGGGCCAACCCACCCCCGAGAUUCUUCGCGCGAUUCUGAGCUCGAGUCGGAACAUUCAAGACCUUCAUAGAGUCGAAGGCACUCUUGGGGUCAAAGCAGAUGCUUCGGUGUAUGCUCUUCUUGUGAACAACAACAUCCGCUCUAAGCAGUUGGAUGCGGCCCUCCAGCUCUACGCCGAAGCCAAAAAGGCUGGCAUCAUCCCGGUUGCAGGACUUGUUGCCCCCAUGAUACGCUCCCUCUGCUCUACCGAGCGCAAAGCGACCAAGUUGCACAAUGCCCAUCUGGACAAAGCCCUUUCCCUAUAUGCCGACAUCGACGAGGCUUUUCCUGCGGCGCCAGAAGAUUUGCCACAAAGUCGUGCUGCUCAAGACCACAGUCUUCAUUCAAAUGGCCCAGAUAUUGGAAUAUAUACUUCUCUAAUGCGAGGCAUAGCGAUGUCCUCAAACAUCAAGACGGCGGUUCCCGUUGCCCAGUCGCUGCUAGCCGAUAUGGAGUCCCGAAACAUCCCACAAACUGCUGCCAUCAAAACUUCGAGUCUCAUCCUCGAAAUGCGCAGCUGCGAGACUCUGGACGAGGCUUUCAAUGUGUACAGAAAGACACGUGCUGAACUGAGCGACAACGGCUACUCCACGAUCCUGCGUGCAUUCAGCCGAAUGUCACAUAGCAUGGGCCACCCAGACAUGCUCCAAUACUACUUCCAAAUAGUGCAAGACAUGCGCCAAGCUGGAUUCCGCGCCACCGAGCGCGUCUACACUGACAUUCUGCAGCAGUUGUCAGAAGUCGGUGGGUUGCGGAAGAAACGAUGGAGUGCGGCCCACGACCACGACCCGCUCGCUACUCCCCCUGCCAAGAUGAACACCGAUCUCGAGGCUGCUGUCCGUCAAGUCCACAACAUCAUCGCCCUCGACACGACCAUCCAACCCGACCGGCACCUUUGGAAUCAACUUAUGGACACCUACCAACGCCUUGGAAAUUUCGCAGAGGCAUUCCGUGUUUGGGAAACGAUGUAUCACGCGCAGAAGUACGGGUCAAUAUCCGUUAGCAUUGUCCUCGACGCCUGCGGUUACGCCGGCGAGUUCGACGUUGCAAGGCAAAUCAUCAACAACAUCAGAAGUCAAGGCUAUGUCCUCACCCUUCAUAACUGGAACACGUACAUAGAGGCCUUGUGUCGAUUACGCCAGUUCAGCAAAGCCCUCGAAGUCAUCACCCUGGAUAUGGGGACCACUGCACAACCCGUCAAGCCUGAAAUCUCCACAAUUUUGGUCAUGGUGAAGCUAGCGCAGACACGCAUCCAAACCAACAUCAUUCUGCAACGAGUGCGACGCUUCUUGCCGGACUUAUGGACUGAAUGGGAAGAACAGAAAAAACAGAGGUCUCCUCCGAAUGAGUCAGAAGAGAACGAGGAGAACGAACGACCACCAUAA